AUGUCCUCUCACAAAUCGGACGUCAGAUCGAAUGUUUGGUCGGAGCUGAUCAAAGUUGCGCUGCCGGACUCGAAAUUCCACUUCAACUUCGCAGAGUUUAUUGCGGACUUUCAGGGCUCUUCAAAAGCAACGAAUUUUUUCAAGCAGGACGAUUCUUAUAGGUUAUCCAAGGUUUUAUUCAUUACGCCUGAUAAUUGUUUGGAGCAGCUCAGAUAUGAGGCGUUGAAAGAUGGCAAAACCGUUUUGAUGACCACCUAUGGGAUAUAUAGAGGGUUUUGGUUGCUGGAUCCUGCAAAGAUCGACCCAUCCAGGUAUGAGUACGCCUCGACAUUGGACGGCAUGGAGAAGGUUGCUGAGCAUCUUUCUUUGGAGAAAAUGAUCGAAAUGCAGUUGAAGGUGGAUGUAAUGAUAACAGGAACAGGCGCUAUCAACAAGAAAGGCGUUCGUUUCGGAAAAGGUCAUGGUUUUUUUGAUUGCGAAUGGGCAAUGCUUUACACCAUUGGAGUGAUAAAUAAGUCGACUCCUGCCGUCGCGUUUGUUCACGACUGUCAAUUAUUGGAUCAGGAAUUGAAACCAGAGGUGUUUGACACCGUUUGCGAUAUUGUUGUCACCAACAGCCAACUCUUGAAAGUUGAGCCUGUUCCUAAGCCGUACUGCGGUAUCCUGUGGGACCUGCUCGAUCCCAAAAUGUACGAUACCAUUCCGCCAUUGCAGGAGCUCAAGAAAUUGGACCUGGCGACUGGACCAGUCAAGAGGCUGACAUACAUACCAACUCUUGAGAUUGACGACAAGUAUAGGAAAACUAUACAGAAAAUUGGAGUUUCUUCAAAUGGAUCCUUCACCAAAAAUUCCCCCAUCAUAUCCCUAAAUGGGUUGGAUGUUAGAUAUAUACUAGAGAUCCUACAAUAUUUGAUUGAAAUUGACCAUAAUUCUACACUUCCCUUACAAAACUAUCUUGUGAAGUUUAUUAGACUUGCCCCUCUCACUUUGGAGUCACACAUUCAACGUGGAAGACUGAUUACACUAGUUCAAGAAAUAAUGCUUGUGAACUCAACUACCAAAAAUUCAACAGUCCAUUUUAAACUCCUAGUCAAUGUCUACUGCUUUCUGGUGAAAGAGUGCACCGCUAAGAUUUCUCUGAGAGUUCUGAACUUGAUGACUCUCAUCCAAGACUUCAUCAUGGCAGCACACGGAUUAUCAAUAGGUAAAGAUCCCUCAAGAUAUAUGGAAUUGGUGGCCGAACAUCGAUACAGAUCGAACCAAAAAAUCGAACAAGCCCUCUCCCUCCCAGUUGAGCAAUUCCAGACUCUCUUAUACUACUUGCUGAAACUCCUUGCCACAAUCCUCCAACUAACAAACAAUUCAGUCAAGAGGAAAAUGAAGAACCAGUUUCUGGCGAAAAGAGAAAGACUGCAAGCAUUUCUGAUUCUCAACGGAAACAUCGAACUUUUGAAACUACUGAAACAAUGCAACGUUUAG